AUGGAUGCUGCUAAUCUUUUCAAACUUAUGCUUGCUCGUGGACAACUUAGAUGCAUUGGUGAUACAACACUUGAUGAAUAUAGGAAGUAUGUUGAAAAGGAUGCAGCCUUUGAAAGGAGGUUUCAGCAGGUUUACGUGGCUGAACCUAGUGUGCCCGAUACUGUUAGCAUCCUUCGCGGGCUUAAAGAGAGAUAUGAGGGUCAUCAUGGUGUUAGAAUUCAAGACCGUGCUAUUGUUGUUGCAGCUCAGUUGUCUAGUCGGUACAUAACUGGGCGCCAUCUUCCUGACAAGGCAAUUGAUUUAAUUGACGAGGCAUGUGCAAAUGUGAGAGUUCAACUUGAUAGUCAGCCGGAAGAAAUUGACAACCUUGAAAGGAAGAGAAUGCAACUAGAAGUAGAGCUUCAUGCUCUAGAGAAAGAGAAGGACAAAGCUAGCAAAGCCCGUCUAGUAGAUGUGCGGAGAGAACUUGACGAUUUAAGAGACAAACUUCAACCUCUGAAGAUGAAGUAUAGCAAAGAGAAAGAGAGGAUUCAUGAGAUUCGAAGGCUGAAACAGAAACGUGAAGAGCUCCUCUUUGCACUACAAGAGGCGGAGAGGCGCACUGAUGGUAAUACCGAUGAGAACUUAAUGUUGACAGAAACAGUUGGACCAGACCAAAUAACCGAGGUUGUUAGCCGAUGGACAGAUCAAGGAGGAGGUGAGGGUAAAGCUAUGUACAUAGAUGCUGAGGGAACAUUUCGGCCUCAGCGACUCUUACAGAUAGCAGACAGGUUUGGAAUGAAUGGUGCUGAUGUAUUGGAAAAUGUCGCUUAUGCUAGGGCGUAUAACACGGAUCAUCAAUCACGGCUUCUGCUUGAAGCAGCUUCAAUGAUGGUUGAUACAAGGUUUGCUCUAAUGAUAAUAGACAGUGCUACUUCUCUCUAUAGGACAGAUUUUUCUGGAAGAGGGGAGCUUUCAGCCCACCAAAUGCAUUUAGCGAAGUUCCUGAGAAGCCUUCAGAAGUUAGCAGACGAGUUCGGCGUGGCUGUUGUCUUAACAAACCAAGUAGUUUCACAAGUAGAUGGUUCUGCAAUGUUUGCUGGACCACAAACCAAACCUAUUGGAGGGAACAUUAUGGCUCAUGCAACCACAACAAGGUUAGCUCUCAGGAAAGGAAGAGGAGAAGAGCGAAUCUGUAAAGUGAUUAGUUCUCCUUGUUUGGCUGAAGCCGAAGCAAGAUUUCAAGUGUUAGGCGAAGGAGUUUCAGAUGUUAAAGACUAA